AUGUGCUACUACCGCUACCGGGGUUACCUGCAAUGUCGGCACGCCGACACCAACGCCACGCCGCUGAAAGACCUGCCGUGCACGACCACGCGUCGGCUCGGAGUCCAUUGCGGAUUAUAUCUAGGACACCGCGUGGUGGAGCGGCUAGAUACCACGUCGGAUGCUGACCGUGACUACUGCCUGUCAUGCCGCAUCACUUGGAUUCGCCUACUGGAGCAGUGGGAGGACCGCGUGCAUGCAUGGAAGGAGCGGAUGCCCAAUUGGCGGACCGAACUGGAGCAGAAGGCCGUGUUCUAG